AUGAAAUAAUUUAUAACCUAUAUCAAUAUUCCUGAAGUGCGUGGUAAAAUUCCGAAAUGCCAAAUCUGUUAGAAAAGUUUCAGUUUUACAACUAGAGAACAUCAAUGCAAGAGGUAUGUUUAAAACAUAAUGCAGAUGUUUAAGAGCUGUAUGUGAGGGAUGUUCUCCAUUCAAGAUUAACCAUAUUAAAAAAGAUGGGAAAGAAUCCACAAAACCGCAUAGAAUGUGUAAAAUCUGUAAAGAGGUAAAUGGAAGUCUAAUUCAAGGAAUCAGAGUAAAUAAAGAAUUUUGUGGAGUAGAAUCAUAUUGCUUAUGGAGUUGAUACUUUAUCAAAAUAAUGGUUGGGAAGUACACUAAGUUAAAAAGAUUAUAAGAAUGCUCGUGAAAGUGCUAAAAUAAGAUUUGAUAAAACAGAAAUAAGUGGUUUUGACAAUAUUAACUAUUCUUUAAAAGAAUUUUAUUUUCUAGUAGGCAAAGACAAUACAAAACUAUAGAAUGUUUGUUUAACAUAUUGUUCAAAGAAUCCAGAAGUACAAUUUUCAGCAGAGUUGGUUUGUUUGGCUAAUUUUUUAUUAUGUUUUUCAUCAGAAGCAUCUACUUAUUAAUUAUUAAGCAUAAUUUAUUAAUAGAAACCUCCUGAUGAAUGUAUAGGAAGCAUUUUAACUUAUUGUGUAAAAGGAUAUGGUUUAGGAGAGGAUGAAAAAUAGUUGUUGAAACUAUUUCUUCAAAGUAGAUUAAAGCGAUAUUUAGUAACUUAUUCUAUAAAUAUGUUCAAUUUUGAUACUACAUUGUUUCUAAUUACAUAGUUAAUAAAGAAAUAUGAUUCAUUUAUAAAAGGACUAUCUGCAAUCUUUAUGUUGGCUAGUUCUAAUUUAAAAAAUACUAAUCAUGAAGAUCUUGAAUUAUGGAUAUUAAGAAAUGUGAGAAGAAAAGAAGCAGAAAAUAAAUUGAAUUCUAUGUAAAUGCCUGCUCCUAAAUAAGAUAUAGAUUUUAGAGAUCCAUCAUAAUCAGUUAGAAGUCUAGCUUUUUCAAUGAUUGAAUAAACUGAUUAAUCUUAAGGUAAUGAAUUAAAGGCUGAAAUAUCUAACUUAAAAUUAUAAUUAGCAUUGAAAGAUAAUGAAAUUGAAAGUUAUAAAUUUUAAUUAUAAUAAAUGUAAACUCCAGAUGACACUAAAAAAGAGAAAUAUAUUCAAUAAAAAAAUGAAGAAAUAGCUAUUUUAUUGGCCAGAGUGGAUGCUUUAACUCUAGAGAACAAAUAAUUAUCUAAAAAAGAAUCGAAUUAUUAAAAUUAGAAUUCCAUUUAAUCAGAAUAAGCGAAGAUUAUCUAAGACUAAUAAUAAUAAAUUGAACGUCUUAAGACAAAGCUUAAAGAAACUACUUUUGAAAACAGGGCUAUGUCAAUGUCAUUAGCUACUAGUGCAUAGACUAUUAUGUCUGGAAAAGAAGUUUAAGACUUAAAAUAAAAACAUGAGGACGAAAAAUAAAAAUUGUUUGAAUAAAUUUAAUCCUUAGAAUAAAAUAAGGCAUAACUCCAACGCAUUAUAGAAUCACAAAAAUAGUUGAACUAGAGGGUUGUCGAUUACAUUAGCUCGAUGACAAUAAACACUAAUAUUAUUGAAUUGUCAAUCAAACCUCCUUUAGAGAGAAGUACUAAAAAUGAUAAUGAGGACUAUAAGUUCUUAAUUGAUACUAAGAAUCAAUAAAAUCAAUUGUUAAAAUAAUUGUUAAUAGAGAAUUAGUAAUAAAUUCAGGAACUCAAUAGUAAGCUUAAGGAUAUUAAAUAAAUGAUUUAUUCAUAAUGA